AUGUGCACACGGAACCCCCCGCAAGUCGCUAGCCACAAUUGUAGGAUAUCGAGAAAACAAAUCAGGCCGCCCUCCAAUAUCUUCCCAUAUAUAGGCGGCCCAAAAACAGAGGGCCGCCGCACAAAGGCCAACUUCGAGGUUGUGGUGGUAUCAAGCAGAAUUCGUAAAAUAUCAACCCGUGUAAAUCAAACCGUUCGCCAUUACGAAGACUCUCAAGUCUUUCAAAACACGCAACGAGCAAGGAGAGCAUCCAGGCAUCGAUCUAUCUUCGAAAGAAAAACGGGGCUUUGA